UUUAUCGAAAUAAUGAUUAUGUCUCCUCAAAUUCUUACAGGUGGGCCUUUUCUUUUCUAGCUCAAAUCAACUUGUUUUUGGGCUAAAGAUGGGUCAUAAGAUAAAAGAUAUUAAUGAGAGGCUUCGUGAGGUUGCAUCUCGUAGAACCUUUCACUUAGAAGUAGAUCGUGAAGAUACACGAUUUAAAAGGAGAGAGAGGGUCACUCACUCAUUUGUCCCUAAAGAAAAUAUUAUUAUAGGGAGAGAUAAAGAUAAAAAGGCAAUUAUCCAACUCUUGUUGGAUCCCAUCUCAACUGAGAAUGUGUCAACUAUUUCCAUAAUUGGAAUUGGAGGAUUGGGGAAAACUGCACUUGCCCAACUCAUAUUCGAUGAUGAGAUGAUUCAAAAUCAUUUUGAUUUGAAAAUAUGGUCAUGUGUCUCUAAUGUAUUUGAGUUGGAUAUAGUUGUUAAGAAAAUCCUUCAAUCCGAACAUAAUGGGAUAGAGCAGUUGCAAAAUGAACUUAGGAGAAAAGUAGAUGGGAAGAAGUACCUACUUGUGCUGGAUGAUGUGUGGAAUGAGGAGCGAGAGAAAUGGCUUAGCUUGAAGUACUUGUUAAUGGGUGGUGGAAAAGGUAGUAGAAUCCUAAUAACCACUCGUAGUGAAAUCGUUGCGACGACAUCAGACACAGCUAAACCAUACACCUUAAGGGGCUUGGAUGAAAAGCAAAGUUGGUCUUUAUUUAAGGAAAUGGCUUUUAUAGAUGGAAAAGAGCUAGAGAAUUCAAUAAUUAAGGAAGUUGGGAUGGAGGUUGCAAGAAAAUGUCAGGGAGUUCCACUCGCUAUAAGGACGAUAGGUGGGAUGUUGCGCACCAAACAUCACGAAAGAGAAUGGUUGAAUUUCAAAGAAAAGAAACUUUCAAAAAUAAGCCAGAAAGAAAAUGAAAUUUUACCAACACUUAAAUUGAGUUAUGAUGUGCUCCCAUCACAUUUGAAGCAUUGUUUUGCUUAUUGUAGCUUGUUCCCACCUGAUUAUGAGAUCUACGUACAGAGAUUGAUUAAACUUUGGGUGGCGCAAGGGUUCAUUAAGUCAUCUGACGAAAACGAGUGUUUGGAGGAUGUUGCGUUUGAAUAUUACAAGGAAUUGUUGCGCAGAUCAUUUUUUCAAGAAGAAAAAACACAUGAGUCUGGUAUAAUAAUAACUUGUAAAAUGCACGAUCUCAUGAAUGAACUUGCAAUCUUAGUGUCAGGGGUCGGAAGCGCCGUAGUUGAUAUGAACCAAAAGAAUUUUCAUGAAAAACUUUGUCACGUAUCUUUCAAUUUUAAUAUUCAUUUGUUGGAAUGGGAAGUGCCAACUUUGUUGCUAAAAGCAAAUAAGAUGCGAACUUUUCUUUUUCCUUGCCAAAAGUAUUGGAUUGAUAGAGAUGGGUCAUUAUGUAAUUCGUUUUGUGCUACAAUUGUUUCAAAUUUUAAGUCAUUACGUAUGUUGAGUCUUAAUACAUUAGGAAUUACAACAUUACCUAAUUGUCUUAAAAAAGUGAAACAUUUGAGAUAUCUUGAUCUUAGUGAUAAUCCCAUCGAAAGACUUCCAAAUUGGAUAGUUGGACUUUCGAAUUUGGAAACACUAGAUCUCACAAGAUGUCGGAAGCUUGUGGAAUUGCCUAGAGACAUUAAAAAAAUGAUCAACUUAAAGCAUCUCAUCUUGGAAGGCUGUUCUCAUUUGACUCGAAUGCCACGUGGACUUGGUGAGUUGAAUGGUCUUUGCACAUUGGAUAGAUUUGUUUUAAGCAAAAGCAAUUCCUUGUUGAGGGACAGUGCUGGUCUUGGUGAACUGGGGAGGCUUAAGGAAUUAAGGAGAAAGUUAGUUAUUAGAAAUUUGGGCCACAAGAAAGAUGUGAAGUCAGAAUCAAAUGGUGGUGCACUUCUGAAGGAAAAGCAACAUCUCUGUUCGUUGGGUUUGUAUUGGAAAAAAAGAGAAGAUGUAAACGCAGUUGAUGAGGAGGAUAUUAUAAUGUCAAUGGAAGUAUUGCAACCCCAUUCUAAUCUAAAGGGGUUGACCGUGCGGUAUUAUGGUGGUGUGAGGUUUGCGAGUUGGUUUUCUUCUCUCAUUAAUAUUGUUAAUCUCACGUUGGCUUCCUGUGAGAGAUGCCAACAUCUUCCACCCUUGGAUCAUUUCCCAUUCCUUAAGUCUCUUAAACUUGAAAGGUUGACGAAGUUGGAGUACAUAUCAGACAAUGAGAGCAGUAAUAGUAUGAGUGAUGAGAUGGUGAGGACGUCAUUCUUUCCCUCCCUGGAGAAACUCCGCAUAGAAAAUUGCCCUGUUCUGAAUGGAUGGUGGAGGGCGCACACUCAUAACUGUGCUUCUUCUUCAUCAACGGAAAAUUUGCCGUUCCCGUUGCCUUCAUUUCCCUGUCUUUCUACAUUGAGCAUCUUUUAUUGUCCUAAUCUAACUUCCAUGCCUCUGUAUUCGAAUGUGCAUACAUUAUAUCUCAGUAGACCCAGCUCGAGGGUUGUUCAUUCCUUGUUUGUUAGAGGAGCAUCUGAUAUUACACAUGAUGUUAGUGUUGAUGUUGAUGUUUCUGCCUCUUCUUCUUCCCCUCAUCUCUCCAAAUUAACGCAUUUGUCACUUGAUGGAAUUGAAGAUUUAGAAUGUAUAACGUCGGAAUAGAUGGGCAACCUCACAUCACUUCAAUCGUUUUCCAUUGGAAAGUGCCCGAACUUGGCAUCACUACCAAAAGAAAUAAGCAAUCUCACGUCACUGCAACAACUUCGAAUUAGUAAUUGCUAUAAUUUGGCAUCGCUGCCAGAAGGGAUUUGUGGAUUCCCUUGUUUAAAUACAUUGCAAAUUUGGGAUUGCCCGAAAGAUGCUAGAAAGAAACAGGUGAGGACUGGCCUAAGAUUGCUCACAUCCCAAACAUUCAAAUUAUUGAAGGUGCGUUUUCUAACUUGUUUGAAUUUACAGUUGCCUAAUUCAGUAUAAACUAUGAAAUAUUCAAAAUGCGAAUCUCGUUUCUAAAUUUUAUUCUUCAUUCAUCAUCACCAACA